CGUUAUAGUAAUCUGUAUAGCUAAUAUGAUAUAGCACGCCACCCGUUUAGAGUACUGUCACGUCAACGGUGAAUUUAGCGCCUCUACUCAUCUACUGUGACAUCAUCUUACAAAACCGAGUGAAAAGUCCCAACACUACACCGUGGAAUUUCUCACAAGAAGGCAGGUAAAAUCCCACCUCAUAUAACAACACUGGUGAAUUAUUCGAAAACCAGGAGCAAAAGUCCUACGUGAAACCAAAGAAUUCUUCACAAGAAGGCAGGCAAACACAUCACAUGAAAUCGACAUCACGCGAAAAACCAGGCGGACACACUGAAGAGGCACACAUUCCCUGCAUCCCCGGCUGACAUAAAACCGUGGAAUUCAUCACGGAAAGGCAGGUAAAGCCACUCACAGCACACAUCAUCGGCACCACAACCUUGUCACUACAUCCUGUGUAUGACACAGCCUGUAUAAGAACCGACCAGUAUAAGAACAUAACGUAACUCAAAAACCCGGGCGGACAAUCCCCAACCCCAAGAAGACAACCCUCGAAAACAGGGUCCCUCGGCGACCGAGCGCAUCGAAGCCUCGCCGCGAAAACAAGAUGGCCGACGAUGGCGACGUGCUGCACACGGGCGGCUGCCACUGCGGCGCCGUGCGCUUCGAGGUGUGGGCGCCGCCGACGCUGCGCGCGAUACGCUGCAACUGCAGCGUCUGCACGAAGAAGCAAAACUGGCACUUUGUCGUCGCCGCGCGCAAGUUCCGUCUGCUCGCGGGCGAGGCGUCGUUGCACGAGUACAGGUUCGGCACGCGAGCGGCGCGCCACACGUUCUGCGGUGUGUGCGGCGUGCAGAGCUUCUACACGCCGCGCUCGAACCCGGACGGACGCGGCAUCGCGCCACACUGCCUCGACCCGGGAACCGUCGUCGCCGUCACGUGGGAGCUGUUCGACGGCCGACGCUGGGAGCAGGCGAUGCGGGAGAGACCCGAACUACGCGAGAGGUCGCGAGACGGCCCAAAGGUCGAGGAAAGGUCGGCGGGCGGCCUGAAGGUCGAGGAAAGGUCGGAGGGAGGCCCGGAGGUCGAGGAAAGGUCGGAGGGAUGUCCGGAGGUCGAGGAAAGGUCGACGGGUGGCCCGGAGAUCGAGGAAAGGUCGGCAGGCAGCCUGGAGGUCGAGGAAAGGUCGGAGGGAGGCCCGGAGGCCGAGGAAAGGUCGGAGGGUAGCCCAGAGGUCGAGGAAAGUUCAGUGGAUGGCCCUGACAUUAAAGAAAGGUCGACAGGCGGUUCUGAAGUCUGAGAUUGAUCGAUCGAUGGGUGGGCAGGCUGGACGACCAGACAUGAACAACUAGUCGGUGAGAGGGCAUGACGCAUGACUGAGAGAGAUGCUUGGCACGUGCUGCUACCUAGGCAGACGGAGAUCAAGACUACACAGUGGGUUACGCAGGGGAAUGCUCUAUGGGGACUGUGGCACGAUAUGAUAUUUAUUCAUGACAAGUGUAUCCCGUCAUCGCGCAUUAUCACGCAACACGACAUCGAAAUCUAACCCAUAGACCUUAAUGCACAUGUUCUAUAAAAAGACAUGUAUUCCAAUUUUUGUCUUCCAAUUUUUCAAAGUUUUGUCACCAUUUGACAAUGUUAGGAGAUUCGUGGGGAUGGUUUACUCACAAUAAACAUUUACUGUAGGAGAUUAACGUAUUUAUUAGUCACUAUCUUGCCUACUUUGAUUGACAUUCAGAGGUAUGUUUACGUUUAAUUAUACGAUGGUACAAAAUUGUGACAUAGCAAUAUAGAUACAUCCUAAGUUAAUGCUUCUUUUCCAUCGUCAUAGAUCGAACUUCAUAUAUAGUAACUCAUGCACUUGCACGCACGCACGCACACACACACACACAUGUUCACGUAGUAUAUAAACUUACACGCAUACAAUCUCUCACAAACAUAAGCUCUGUCACACGUGAACACGCAUGGCUAGGCCCUCUAUAUUAACACACACACAUACACAUAUAUACAUAAAGACUUACUCAUGAUGUGUCCAGCUUUCUGUAUCACAGAGUAUCCAACGAGUGUUAUCACAGCUAUCUGACAUAGUUCUGGGUGACUAUA